AUGUCGACAAGAACGGAUGAUAUGUCUGGCUUGGAUUUCACUGCCCCUGGGGCAUCGCGUCGCGCGGAAGCCGUUCAUCUGCCAGAUUUCUCCGAGGACGAUUACGACGAGAUUCGUUUCAUCAAUGAACACUUCUUCAACGAGCAAUCCUUGGCCAACAUCGACGACGUCAUUGAUGAGCUGGAAAAUAAAAUUGCUGCGUAUGACGACAGUUUGCAGAAGGUUUGUUCUUCAAGUUUGGCCGAAAUAUGCUUGAACGACGGUCAAAUGUCCUCCGUUCUUGGAGAUGUAUCUGUUCAAUGUGAGGCUCUUUUUAGGUUCGGUAUCGACGACGAAUUGAAUGCAAGGAAGGGCAAGCUAAUUUUCUGUUCAUUUCAGGUUGUUCGACAACAAAUCGAUAUCGGGAAAAUCGGCGAGGAAACGACGAGCAAGGCAGUUGCGGGCAUUGAAGAACUCAUGACGAAAACUGCUUCUGUCAUGACCCAAAUCCGAGAAUCUGAAGAAAUGGUGGAACACAUAACGGCCGAAAUAAAGGCUUUCGAUCGAGCCAAACGCAAUCUCAACACGUCGAUUUUGACCCUGAAUCGAUUGAACAUGCUCUCUGGAGGUCUCAAUCAACUCAAAUCGCUCACCGAUCAGAGCAAAUACUUGGAAAUAACGAAAGUCAUGUCCGGCGUUCAAAAUGUCCUGGAACCUUUCGAAAACUAUAAAGACAUUCCACGGAAGAAGCGCCCAGGAAUCAGACAACUUGCCGAAGCGUGUCUGGUUGUCGGUCAUCUGGACUCAAGGGUACAAAGUGAACUGCUAAAAUGGGUCGUCGAAGGGCAGUUGGUAGAGUACAAACACUUAUUCGGGGAAAACCAAGACGUCGGCUGGCUGGACAAAAUCGAUCGGAGAUUUGCCUGGUUCAAGAAAUUUUUGCUCGACUUCGAAGAACAGUAUGGCAGGAUUUUUCCGCCGUCCUGGAAUGUUUCCGAGCACAUGGCUGUGGGUUUUUGCGAGGCAACGAGGAAUCAUUUACAGAAUGCGAUGUCAAACCGCAAGCAGGAGAUAGACGUUAAAUUAUUAUUGUUCGCCAUUCAAAAAACGAUCGCGUUCGAACAACUUUUGGAAAAGCGAUUCGGUUCACCAGAACCAGCUAGCAACCCUUUCGAAGAACCUGAAGCUGGCAAAAAUCCUUUUGGAGAGGAAAGUGAAGUGUCUUGUGAUUCACAGAAAGAAGCAGUGAAACAAGAGAAGCAACCUAGGAUUCCUUUUCCACGAAUGAUCAGCGGAUGUUUUGAAAACUUCUUAUUCGUGUACGUCGAAGGUCAAGACAAGAAUUUGACUGAACUAAUCAACCAAUUUCAAAUUGACAUCAAGUCUCAAGGGUUUCCUUGCAAGCGUCCUACAUCCGAAGAAAGCUCGCUUACCUUGUCUAACGCUGCGGAUUUAUUUCUUUUCUUCAAGAAAUGCAUGGUUCAGUGCACGCAGCUUACCCGUGGACAGCCGUUGCUUUCCCUCAGCGCAGUUUUUCAAAAGCACUUGCGUGAUUAUGCAAACAAGAUUUUGCAAGCGAAUCUUCCUCGACCUGCAACAACGGCAUCGAGUCUCGUUACGAUGUCAAGUUUAACGAAGGACUUCCGCGAAAUGUCCACGCAAGGACUCAUCCAGAAUUUUUCGAACCUCCUGAAAGAUUCUACUGGUGGCGCGACUGAAGUUGCGAAGUUCAGUCGAGAAGAGAUUUGCCGGAUUUGUAGCGUCCUCGCCACUACUGAUUAUUGUUUGGAGACCUGUCAGCAAAUGGAGAUCAAGCUUAAGGAAAAACUAGAUCCCGUUUACCGCCGCAGCCUGGAUUACUCCUCGGAACUUGAUGUGCUGAACGGGCUGAUCCUCACGUGUAUGCAGUUGCUCGUCCAGGACUUGGACAACCAAUGUGAGCCAAAGCUGUCGUCCAUGAGCAAAGUUGCGUGGAGUAAUGUACACGGGGUUGGCGAUCAAAGCCAAUACGUGUCAGGCAUCGAAGCUGUGUUGAAGCAGAACGUUCCUCUGAUUCGAGACUGUUUGGGUGCCUCGAGGCGCUUCUUCCUUCAGCUUUGCACUCGCUUCGCGAACGUUUUCAUUCCCAAGUUUGUCCAGCAGUUGUUCAAGUGUAAACCCUUGGGCACUCUGGCCGCUGAACAACUUUUGCUCGAUACGCAUAUGCUGAAGGAGCUGUUGUUGAACCUCCCUGUGUUGGAAUGCACAGUCGUUCGUAAAGCCCCAAGUUCUUACACCAGGAUCGUACUUAGCGGUAUGGGCAAAGCUGAAAUAUUAUUGAAAGUUGCUAUGACACCGACCGACAAUCAGAAAAAGUUUGUGGAGCAGUACGUUGCACUGAUGCCGGAAUCUGCUGAUGUCCAAGAAUUCCACAGAAUUCUUGAAAUGAAAGGAGCUAAGAGAGCUGAAAUCUCUCAGCUCAGUCAGCAAUUUCAGGCUCUGGUUGAAGAGAGAAGCAAACAGCAAGUAGUCAGACAGUCUUCCCGUCAGGAUUUGGCCCUGUCAACUGGAAGUAGCGAAACCGGAUUUACUUUCAGUGACGGUAGUGUCGAGGGUGAAGUUCCCAGAAGUUCGGACCCAAGCGGAACUCUCAGCGACGCAGCGUCGUCCGCGUUGCUCAUGGCCGCGCAAAGGCUGUUGAACGAACAACCAGAUGUCACCCCUUCAGCACGGGUCCAGCGUCUGGAAAACAUCAUCAGAAAAAAGCGAGACGGCAUCGGAUUGUGAUCCUUCGCUACCCGCGAAAAUUUCCUGACGUACACGGGUUGUCGUAUGGGUCACAAUAUUUUCCCAAAUGGCUUCUCGGCCAAAAUCUUGUGAUUCGCGUCCUUGCGCAUCCGUUUUAUUUUUGGGAUUUCCGCAGCAGUCGGUUAAAUGUGUUGGUUACAUUUACGAUUUCUCCGAGAAAUUUUAGUGAUCGACUUGGUUUUUAACUCUGGCCAGUCAAAUUACGAUAGGACCUCUGAUCGAGGAAACGGGGAAAUUCUGAUGAGUUUUUGGUUUUAAAGAGAAAUUGUCAUUAUUUCUGAAAGAGAUGGAAUUUGUGCUGCUUGAAUUAACGUUGAUGAAUAUGAUGGUGGUGGUGAAGUUUCGAUUUAAAAAAAUCUUUAAUAUUAUAUAUUGUCUUCUCAACUAAAUAAUUUGGGCACUUCGGGGAAAAUACCGUAUCAAAAAUGGGAGUGCAGUACAGUACAGUAUUUUCAAGUGAAUUUCAGCUGUUAUUUCUUUGUACUGCUACAUGUCAUAAUUGUAUGUUCUUGAAAGGAAACCGCGCUUGCUGUAAUUGCUUCAUAUAUCCAUGCGAUGUUAUGAACCCUUAUUUGUUUGCUUUAUAAAAAAGAAUAUGAGAAAUGAUGUUUUUAGUUCGGUGCAUGAUCGUUUCCCAAUGGAGGAUGUGCAGUGUUGACGUUUUCCUAGAAAUGGAUCCUAUAAUCGUGCAAUCUUAUGAGUGGAAAUUGUGGACAUUCCCCUGCAUCGCGUUUGGUGAUUCAAAAGUCCCGAAUGGAAGUGGUUUGGCGGAUUUCUUGGAAUAUUUUGACGGUUAUUCAGCAAAUGGAAUGUUAUUCACGAUAAUUUCAUCAAGUUUAUUUGCAUUUGGAUUUCCUCCUCGUUUGGUCGCUGAGUGCUGAAAGGCAGUUGCAUAUUUUGUAUGCUUUUUGAUUCUGCCAGAUAUCAGAAUGUCAAAAGUUUGGCGUUUGUUCGAAGUAAUUUCCAGCGGAUUGGACUUGCUCAUCGUGGCAUUCCUGCAUUUCGUCACCUUGCAGCAUUUUUCUCCGCGGUGUUUUGUAGGCUGUCAUGAGUUGUAAUAGUUCUCUUAUUUCCUGUUCCAUUUUGACGCAGAGAGGAAAAGACAAGUUCUUUUCCAGAGCUACCAUCUAAUAAAUCUUUUUAUUUAAGUAAAUCAAAUAACAUUAUUAUUGAAAAAUUGGUUUUUCUUCAAUUUGGGUUUGAUCACAUCGAUCAGAAAAAAAAGAAUAUUCGACAAACCUUGCCAACUGUUACCUCAUCUUUGCCCUACGAAUUCUGCUAGCAUAGUUUGAAAUUUGGCGAAAAGAUUGUAUUCCAGGAGUUUAAAUUAUGUUCCACUUAAAUCUGUAAACUCGGGCCAGGUGUCCCGUGAUCGACGCUCUGUGUCUUAUAAAAUAAAAAAUUAUCUAUUUCUUUAGAACUUAUGGCUGCCUAGAAUGAUUUGUCUCAUUUACCAUUUUACCUGGAUUAAAAAAUCUAUAUUUUUGCUAUUGAAAUGAAUGAAGGGCAGAUAAAACAAGUAUUCCACAAAAUGUGCGUCAUAAAGAAUCUGGAGGAAUCAAAAUACGGAUUCGAAAAAUCAUCUAGUUUUUCUGAUGGACGUAGAAAUAUAGAGCCAUAAAAUUGAGGAUAAUUAAAAAAGGGAAACUUUAAGUUAUCCUAUAGCUCUCAAUACAAGAGCCUACUUUUCAAAGGGGAUCCCUGUUGAAAAUGAGUCUGCUCUUUUUAUUCCUCCCGCUGUGUGAGAUUUUAAUAUUCGUCUUGCUGAAGGAGGUUCAAGUAAUUUUAGCGACCGGACGACGGAGAGCGGAUGAUUUUUAAAUUCGUGUGCUUCAUGUUUUUGCUAAUGCUGAAAUAAAUUUGCGAUCGUCAGGACGAAAAUGGAAUAGGUCGUG